AUGCCCAACCCCCGAGAUUACACCGUUGGCUGGAUUUGCGCCAUCACCACGGAGUUCGUCGCUGCUCAAGCCUUUCUCGAAGAAGAACACGGACGACCCGACAAUUUACCCCAAAAUGACAACAACAGCUACGUGCUUGGAAAGAUUGGGGGUCACAAUGUCGUGAUUGCUGUCCUGCCAAAGUCGGAGUACGGCACGACCGCAGCGGCCACCGUUGCAAGCGACAUGGUGCACAGUUUCCCUAACGUGCGUGUCGGUCUCAUGGUUGGCAUUGGUGGCGGAGCCCCCAGCCCCAAGCACGACAUACGUCUCGGCGACAUCGUGGUUGGGAGCCGUUCCGGCGAGAAAGGCGGAGUCUUUCAGUACGACUACGGCAAAACAAUCCAGAAUCAGGACUUUGUGACAACGGGUCACUUGAACCAAGCGCCACCAUCGAUUUUGACAGCGGUGAGCGCGCUGGAUGCUACCUAUGACAGAACCGGUCAUCAACUGUACGCCAAAGUCGAUGCAGCCUUAGAGAACAUUAAACAGCGAAAGAAAUACGAUCGACCGGACUGCACCAGCGACAGGCUAUAUCAGUCUACGUACCUCCACCAGCAGAACUCAUCUGAAACGUGCAAUGACGUGUGCGGCAAUGAUCCGGGACAUUUGGUAGCCCGACCUGAGCGUGGCGACGAUGAAGGUAGCCCGGUAAUUCACUACGGGCUGAUCGCCUCUGCAAAUACUUUGAUGAAGGACGCAACUGUUCGGGACAAGUUAGCAGUCGACAAGGACGUCUUAUGUUUCGAGAUGGAAGCGGCAGGACUGAUGAAUCACUUUCCGUGCCUGGUUGUCCGCGGUAUAUGCGACUACUCGGACUCGCAUAAGAACAAGGAGUGGCAAGGAUAUGCGGCAAUGACGGCAGCUGCGUACGCGAAAGACCUUCUCUGCCAUAUUCUUCCACAUAGAGUUGAGGCGGAGAAGAGGAUCGGCGACAUCAUCUUGUCUGGGCUUCAAGGGGGCAAUCACAGUCAGGUUGUUCAAGUAGGAGCCAACAGCGGGACCAUUAGGGACAUCAUGAUCAACAACGUCGUGGCGGACGACAGUUGUUUGAAGGAUCUACGAUUGACCGAUCCCCGCUAUGACAAAGAGCGAAUCAAAGACACCAAGGGCGGCCUGCUAGGGGGCUCGUACAAAUGGAUCCUCGACCACCCCGACUUCCGACGGUGGCGAAACGACGACCAGAGCCGGCUGCUCUGGAUCAAAGGCGACCCGGGCAAAGGAAAGACCAUGCUUCUGAUGGGCAUUGUUGAGGAAUUGGAGCGACUGCCGGUCCAGACUAAGCAGACAGAACUAUCGACUUCACGACCAGCCGCCCUCUCGUAUUUCUUCUUGCAAGGCACGGACUUGAACCUUCACAGCGCGACUGCGGUGCUAAGAGGGCUGAUCUUCCUCCUCGCCGUCCAAAACCAACAUCUCUCCACGCAUCUGCGAGAGAAAUACGAACACUCAGGCCCUAAGCUUUUUAGCGAUGGCAACGCGUUCUUUGCCCUGUCCGACGUCCUCAGAGGUAUGCUGCAAGACUCCAGCCUAGCGAGGACGUACGUCGUCAUCGACGCACUCGACGAGUGUGAGACUGGCCUGCAGCAGCUUUUGAAGCUUAUCGUUCAGAAUGCGUCUGCUUCUCGCGUCAAGUGGAUUGUCUCCAGCCGCAACAGGCCCGACAUUGAGCAACAGCUGAAGCUCGACGGCUCGCAAACAAGACUGGAACUCGAGUUAAAAGCUAACGCGGAGCACGUAUCGCUUGCCGUCGGUUCGUAUAUAGACGAGAGGGUGUCCCGGCUCGUGUCACUGCAAGAUGAUGACGAACUUCGACAUAAAGUAGCAGAGGUACUGCGGCGGAAGGCCGACGGCACAUUUCUCUGGGUGGCCCUCGUCAUUCAGGAGCUUCAGAAGGUCGCAAGCUGGGACGUGCUAGACGUGCUCAGGGAGAUGCCGUCGGGCUUGGAAGAGCUAUACGGACGAAUGAUAAAGCAGAUUCAGCAGCUGAAAAGGAGAGACCCAGAAUUCUGUCGGCUCGUGCUUUCGGCGGCUACUCUUGCGUAUCGUCCACUUCACAUGCUUGAACUGGCCGCGUUGGCUGGAUUGCCGGGGGCAGGGUGUCCAUUAACUAAGUUACCUUACUUAAUUGCUUGA